UCUAAAAUUUCCAGUGUGGAGCCGUAACAAGACUGGUGAGCUCAUCGCACCCAGUCAACCCCUGUUUGAGCCAAGCAAGAAGGGGUGGGAAGAGACAGGCACAAAAACCUUUGUUCUCCAAAACAUCCACAAAAGUUCAAGCGACCAUGGGCAAACCAGCGACGGAUUCCAUGCCCGCUGUACGGGUGGUAUCCUCGGGUCAACGACGACGGUCGUCUAAAGUGACAGACGCUGCCACGGCCAAGAGCCCCUUGGAGAAAGAACAGCGGUACGCGAAACUGCGAGAAUUCCAAAAUACUCUGGCGCUGCUCAAGCAACAACGAGAGGAAGAUGCUCGAAUGCUAAGUCACUUGCGUUCCGAAUUGGAUGUGCUGCGAACCUACGAGACCAAAUCCAAACAACUGGAAGCAGAGAAUGCCAAUUUAAAACAAGCCAUGGCAGUGGCCCAACGACAGAUCGACCAGCUGAGCAGCAGCAACAAAAUCAAGAACUGCGAACGACCUUGGGAGAGGAGAUCCCGUUACCAAGGAUACUUCGUCGUCUCAAGCAAAAUCAACAAGGCCAUUUCCAAGGUGGACAAGUACAAGCCAGAUCUAGAGCUCACAGAAGAGCUGCGUCAAUGCAAGAAUGAUCUAGUGCUGAUGGAUGACUUUUUGUUGGAGCAGCAAGAAGAAGUUGUGGGUCUCUCGUUCGAGCAGGAACGAGUAGCCGCUCGAAAAGAACGACGCAAGCGAAAGGGCAGUAGUAGCGGUAGUGGCAAAUCCUCUUCACCAAAAGCCAGUAGUGGCAGUGACAAAGCGUCGCCCAAGAUGCCACUGUCGGUAGAAACGAGUCAAGUCUUGUCGCGGGAGAACUUGAGUUCCUCCCACAAAAUAUCACAAUCUGUGGCGACAGCCAAUUCUUGUCGCGAGAGCAUCUGGGAAUUAUCCCGGUCGAAGAAGAAAGGAAGAACAACACGUCUCUCCUGGAAUAUCCAAUAUCACGGACACCCAGGAAAUCAAGUGGAAUCCUCCCGUGCAAGAAAUUGCAUGCCAGAAGAGGUUGAAUGGGUGCCUCCGAUGCAAGAGAUUGCACUGAGGUAUCUACCAGAGUCAGAGAACGACAUUUUUGAUCCACCGAUGCCGACCAUCUCGCUGCCCAUGCCAUCCGCCGCUACCGAAGAGGCAUCGGGACUCACUCCUCCGCAUCAAUCCCAACCAAGUUCACCGGUUCGACCACCACCACCUCCAAGAGGGCCGAUUCGGCCGGUGGAUGAACUAGAGAGCGCACCCAUUGUGGUGGUGGCAGGUGGAAAAGUCGAAAAACCAAAGCCCAACGAAUUGGAACGGGAUCAACGGGUUAUUGCCUUUCCCAAGAUCCGAUCGACAGUCAGUCACUGGGAUCAAGAAAUGAAACGAGCCGAGGAAAUUAAACGGCAAACAACCUACACGGAUGACGACGACGAGUCCGAAAAGACAUCGGAACCGUCCAUGGAGCCGGCUCCCAAACCGACGGUCAACACGAGGACUCCGGGUAUUCGAGUGCAAGAAUCACCAGCCGAAGCAUGGAAGCGACGCAAGGAAGCGAAACAACAAAAGAAGGAAGGCAAACACAGGAUCCCAAAACAGGCCAAGUCAUCGAUUGUCAUUGAGAAGAAGCACAACUUCAAGACCAACCAACAUCUUGCCGGCAGUAAUAAUGCUGAUGUACCCGAAUUCGUUAGAAAGUUCAAAACAAUUGCCGUGCACCACCAAGAAAACGCGGUGGAAGCGACGGGGAGGGUUGCUGUGGGGGCGGGUGUGUUUGUUGGAAAACACGGAAUCGAGUAUUCGGGUGCUGCGUUGGACGAGAAACUGGAAGCAGACAGACUUGCGAAACAAGAAGAAGAGGAGCGCUUGGCAGCGGAGGAAGAGGCGAGAUGGGAGAAGGAAGAAGAAGAGCGUAGAGCCCGGGAAUACGCAGAAGAAAAAGCAGCAGAAGAGGAAAGAGCACGGGAAUACGCUGAAAAGCGGGAGAGAGAAGCGCAGUUGGCCCGAGAACGCAAGGAGCGAGAGGCGAGGGCGUUGGCAGAAAUUAAUGCCAAGGCUUCGGAAGAGAAAGCAGCCAAAGAAAAGGCAGAACAAGAAGCCAAAGAAAAGGCGGAACAAGCGGCGAGGGAGAAGGCCGAGGCUCAAAAGAAGGCUGCAGAGGAAGCUGCCAAGUCAGCACCAGCAGCAAGCACACCCGCUCCACCAGCAAGUGCGCCGACGCCACCGCCAGCUGCACCUGCGGCGAAGCCAAAGAAAUCAUUCUUGGACAGUUCCAGCGACGAUGAUUCGGACGAUUCUCCCGUUGUCAAGAAAGCCCCACCACCCAAACCACCUGCUGCGGCAGCUCCUGCGAAACCCGCGGCAAAAAAGAAAUCUUUCUUCGACAGUGAUAGUGAUUCGGAUAGUAGUUAGUAAGAUAGUUUUGUUGGAUUCAUCGCAUGUACCGGUAGAAUGAAUUGAACUACCAGAUAAUAGCGUGCUAAAGAGGGUUAUUCCAAGGCAAG